AUGGCUGCUCCCCGUUUGCUGAAGACGAAAGACUUCGCCGACGACACCUACCAAGAGCCAACCUCAAAACGUAACAAAAAGUCGUCCAAGUACACCGCAACUGUACAACAAGCAAAGAGGCGCCGCAAGGCUGCUUCCCCCUCAUCUUCCGAGUCGUCGGACAGUCUGGAUGGCGACGACGCUUCGGACGAACAGUCCGAAGAUGAUGAUGAUGCCGACGAUCUGCCAGCCGUUGUAGCCCCGUCCCGCCAUAACAUGAUGGGUGGGACGGGGCGCUUUUAUGACGGUGUCCCACGCGCUGGCAGUGUUGAGUCUAUGUUUGGUGAGAAAGGCAUUGACCUUGAAAAGCAGGAUCUCCCAACCCUCGAGGAUAUGAGGCGAUAUGAGGAGCAUCUCUUCGCUAACGUAUCUGAUGAUGAUGAUGCUGCUUACGCGGCAGUCGAAGAUAUCAGUGAUUCUGACGAGGAAGAAAUCAACCAUUUCGAAGAACAGCAGCUCAUUGCUGAUCUCAGUGAGGAUGAUGAACUUGAGGAAUUGGAUCUCCUCAAUCAAAUCGACGGUAUGUCUGCUUAUGGCUUUGGGGACGAGAGUGACGCUACUGCCACGUAUCCACCAUCGUCCCAAGGCAGUGACUCUGCUUCUGAAAUGGGUCCGACUCGUCACGUUCACUUCAAUGUCGACCCUGCUCAUGCCUUCAAUCCCUCGUUGGUUGAUUCACCAACCUUUUCUCGUGCCCUCCUGCCAUCGGCUCUGCCUGACAGUGGCUCAAUGGGCCUCGUGGGCCAUGAGCGAGCUGGCGACGAGUCUAGCUCGGAGGGGAAUGGGGACAACUACGACUCCGAUGCUACUGAUGACUGCUUACCUCCGGAGGCUCAACUUCAAGAUGACGAUGAGGAAGAAAUCGAGCGGCCUCACAGCCCUCCUACUCCAGGGACGGCGGCUAAGCAGAAGGCCGAGUGCAAAGGCCCCCCACGUGGUAUCUUCAUUGAUGAGGGGACCAAGACGACAGGCAUACUGGACAAGACUGGCAAGAUCAUGAUCAUCACACAUCCUCACCUCCUCGGCGAUGAGUUCGCUCGCCGCUAUGGAAACUCUACUGCCUCAAGUCCGGCUGUCGGUUUCGAGGAUCUGCUCAGCGAGAGUGAUUUUGCUGAAGAUCCAAACUACAGCAACAUCACCCCUGCUUCGGAGAUGGACAUGAUGCUCAACAACGGCAAUUCUAUCGAUGUCAACGGCAUUGUCACCGGCACCCAGGAGGCAUUCUACCCUCCUGGUUUCAACCUUGGCGACUUUGCUGAAGACUUUGAGCUUGACCUCGACGUUGGUGAUGACCUGGGCGAAGACGUUAUCAAGCUGGAUGAUGUUAUCCAAUUUGACGAUGAAUCCGACGACAGUGAGGCACCUACUUCUCCUUUCUUCAUGACGCCUAGAGCGCCUGCGCAGAACCAUAUCUUCGCUCCUUCUGCCUCGACCGUCACCGCUUUCCGUCGCCACCAAGAUUCUUUCAAGACCACACCCUCUUUCUCCCGCUUCAGCGAGCUGAGCUCUCCGGCUAGCGCUAUAAACCCGCGAAAGCGCAAGUCUACCAUUGAAUCUCCCUAUGCCUCUGAGCAUUACAAAGGAGUUACGCCAGUCCAGCGCAUGACCAACUCAGGCAACACUAUGCCCUCUACCCCUGACACUGUUCGACCCAAGCGUCAACGACUGAUGAUGGCCUAA